GAAGGCAUUCGCCGCAUUGAAUUUUCUUCACAUCGGCCACUGCCCUUUACCACUCGACUCGACUGCCUACAUCGCGACGGCCUCAAACUCGAAUCUGUGCAAAAUCUGCUCGAAGCUGAUGUCUGGACGAAAGGCUCUUACAUGCAACUUUAUAACGGCGUUGUUGAUCUACUUGUUGCACGUGUUGCCCAAAACUGCUUCCGCCCGUUGGCCCAACUCGUUAGGCUUCCAGACAUCAUCCCAAUCAGCAUAGAUACUGGUGUUGGUGUUCACAGUGAACGUAGUAGUAACGAUGCUGUUGUCACUGUGACGGGCUAUGGGAUGGCAACCCGUCGAAAUCCACACGACCAAGCUGACACUUCGCAUGAUACAUCUUUUGCUACGUCGGUGACAUCCAGCAGCGCAAUUGGUGAUGAUGACUUACAGUCCUUGCUUAAACCUCAGCGCCCGCUUCUCGAUUGCUUAAUCUGCCGCGAAGUGGCGUUCUGGAUGUCUGGUCUUCUCUUCACAUUAACCAAGCGGGAGCCCCAUAGACAGUGA